GUCAGACAGGUUAAUACCGUGGAAGUUUCCUGACCACGACUUUCACUAACGUCUGUAAACUACCUUUUCUCUGUGUGGGUGCAAGCUGAUCUAUUUAUUCCUGGUAGAGAGAAAAGGAGACAGUGCCCAGAUGCCACAGGAAAAACAUUCAGGAGGACUCGGACCAGGGCCAAGGGCCCAGCCCACCUGAAUGGAAACCGAAAGGCGCAGCCCCACGCAGCCCAGGGGACCCAGGUUCUUCCUGAUCUUCGCGGGGUGAAACCUGCGUCCUGGUCACAGGAGAUGAUAGAAAGUGACCUCUCAUCCAUAAUGUCAGGAAUAAUUCAGAACUCAGUGCCAAAUCACCAUCCCGCCCCACAGGAAUACAGGCUCCUGCCUUCCUCGAGUGACGAUGACCUCCCUGGGGACCUGCAGUCGCUGUCCUGGCUCACAGCGGUGGAUGUGCCUCGGCUGCAGCAGAUGGCAAGUGGCCGCAUGAACCCUAGAAGCCGUGGUGUGCCACAUGCACACCCAGGUGCCCUGGAUGGGACAGCUGGCCUGCACGUGGCAGCUGCCCCGGGGCCUCUGCUCCACAGCCCAGCUGGCAUGGCCCCACGAGGCAUGCUGAGUCUGGGCCCCAUGACUAGCCACGGGGCCAGUCAGGUGAGCCAGUACCCAGCCAGGGGCCAGCCGUCAUCCAGCCUGCAGGAUGCAUCACAGCUCUACCCCGCUACCAUCCAAGCACAGUUCCCACUGCCUCCUGGGGUCCCGCAGUGUCCUUCUAUGGGCCUCUACAGCUCUUCGUUUGGGGCGCGGCCUCCCUAUGCCCAGGCCCACAUGGCAGUGCAUUCAUCCCAGGAACCGCAUCCCAAACACUACCCCAAACCCAUCUACUCCUACAGCUGUCUGAUUGCCAUGGCCCUAAAGAAUAGCAAGACAGGCAGCCUGCCUGUGAGCGAGAUCUACAGCUUCAUGAAGGAGCACUUCCCCUACUUCAAGACGGCUCCCGACGGUUGGAAGAACUCUGUGCGGCACAACCUGUCCCUGAACAAGUGCUUUGAGAAAGUGGAGAACAAGAUGAGUGGCUCCUCACGAAAGGGCUGCCUCUGGGCCCUGAACCUGGCCCGCAUUGACAAGAUGGAGGAGGAAAUGCACAAGUGGAAGAGGAAGGACCUGGCCGCCAUUCACCGGAGCAUGGCCAAUCCAGAGGAGUUGGACAAGCUGAUCUCUGAUCGGCCAGAAAGCUGCCGGCGCCCUGGCAAAGCAGGGGAGCCCGAGACCCCUGUGCUGACCCACGCCACCUCAGUGGCCGUGGCCCACAGCUGCCUGGCCGUCUCCCAGCUCCCACCACAGGCACUGAUGACUCUGUCCCUGCAGUCCGUCCCCCUGCACCACCAGGUCCAGCCCCAGGCACAUCUAACCCCAGACUCCCCAGCGCCAGCCCAGACCCCGCCUCUUCACGCCCUGCCAGACGUGAGCUGCAGCCCCAUCUCCCAGCCCGCCCUGGGCAGGGCCCCCAUGGACUUCAUCAACAUCAGCACCGACAUGAGCACCGAGGUGGAUGCCCUGGACCCCAGCAUCAUGGACUUUGCUCUGCAGGGGAACCUCUGGGAAGAGAUGAAGGAUGAGGGCUUUGGCCUGGACACGCUGGGGACCUUUGGAGACUCCCCUCUUGGCUGUGAUCUGGGGGCCUCGGGCCUGACCGCCGUCUCUGGCAGCAGUGAGCAGUCUUUCCCAGAUGUACAGGUGACUGGGCUGUAUGCUGCGUACUCCGCCCCGGACAGUGCGGCUUCGUCAAGGGCCACCUCCUCCUCCCAGUACCUGGGCACCCCGGGGAAUAAGCCCAUCGCCCUGCUUUGAGCUGAUGGCCUCAUCUACCCCCAGGGCCCUCCUGCAGCAGGCCUGGGCAGGAAGGACUGGCCUGGGUGUUCCUGGAAGAAAGAGCACCUUGCCCUCCCACAGGCCUCACCUGAACCUUGGGUGAGGCUUCAUGCUGGUCAAGGAAGCAGGUCCUCUCAGCCUGGUUGUGGUCUCUCUGGGCUACUGGGAGUUUCUGGGGUCCUCCCAAGCUUGAAGGACUGAGGAGAGUCCAGCUCAGUCUUUCCCUUGCCUCCAGGACCUGAGAUGCAAGGCCUGGACAGGCUUACUCCUGAGGACGGGCCUGCUCCAGACUGGGCCCCUCUGUGAGCUGCAGCCCUUGGGCACAUCAUGUAAACCCUCAGUGGGAAGUGGGGAGGGGAGGCCCCUUACUUACUUUUGUGGGGUGGGUGUGGGGCACACGCUGAGCUGGAUGAAACCUCUCCCUCGGUGUCAGAGGUUGGGCCCGAGGCUGGAGAGGGGCUGGCCACCCGUGGGACGUCUCCCGGACCGACAGGUUGAACUCUGCAAUGAUUCCUGCUUGGGCAGCUCCAGCCCCGUACUCCAGCCCCCAUAGUAUGGUAGGAUCUCAUAGUGCAGCCUCCUGGGCCGUGCCAGGCACGGAGACCAUGUGUAAAUUUAUUUAUAUUUAUUGUGACGCAUUUUGUCACCCUGUGAACCCAGCCGGAGUAUGAGACUUCUCCAUUCUUCCACAUGUCCCAGCUAUCCUAAGUCCUAAAUUAUCAGUGAAUCCCAUCUCUCCCUAGCUUACCACUGCUCGGCAGCCUUGGGCGUCUUUUUAGAACAAGUAAGCACUUUGGAUAACUGUGAAACGUUCUAUUUUUAAUACUAGAGACCAGAUAUUUUUCUAACUGUCUAGUCAUGAUUCAGAUUACUUCCUAUGGGCUCCUGAGAAGGAAAUUGCCAUGAUCUGGGGCUUGGGGACUUCCUAACAGCCAGUGGGGCUGAGAAUGGGAGAAAUGGGGCAGGGCUCUUUUGGUACUGGGGCUCAAGACACCCCUAAACACUGGGGAGGAAAGUCAGCAGGCUGGGGGCCACGUGAAGCUGGCCCACAUGGUGCAGAACAUUUAUUAGCACUUGUUUGCCUAUUUCUUUGCCCUCUGCCCUUUUUAUGAUUCUUCUCCCUUUCUUUGCCAAUGACUGAUUUUCCAACUGGCAGUUCGCGGGGGCAGUUGGUUAGCGGCGACAGUGGUGAGCGGCUGGGGACAGCUUUCCCAUUGGAGGCAGAAGCUGCCAUUCCAGCAGCAAGGGCACCAGCCUCCUCUCUCUGCCACCUGAUGUUUGGCUUCUGCGUCUGGGAUGCCCAAACCUAGAGCCGGGAUGCUCUGACGAGUCACCAGCCCAGCCAGGUGACCUCUCUGUGAGGUUGGCAAUAAGCCAUGGCUCAAAGGCCCAUUGUUAAGUCCUUCCCAGUUCUGGAACCUUCUGCCGAGCGUCACAAUCUCUAGACAGAGCCCAGCGCAUCUGUCUGACUAGCGUUGCUCCGCUACAUUGUGUGCGACGAGCCCCACAAGUUGUUUCAAUUGUUAUUAAUGAAGAACCCAUGUUCAGGGAGCACCAAGACCCUGUAGGUGUAGAAUUGGAUGACUAAAUGUCUUCUGUCAAUAAAGGCUGAACAGCG